AUGGUGGAAGUAUACACAGUCGACGGCUCUCAAGAUUUCUCUCAGGCCCGACAGCGCAGUGACUGUCAGGAGCCGGGCUGGCUGCAGUACCGGACCCACUGUUACCGGGUGAUCGCCUCCCCGCUGGUGUCCUGGCAGACUGCGAGCGCGACCUGUCAGGACCUCGCCGCCAGGUUAACCAGCGUGUUCGACGCGACGGAAGGGCGCUUUCUGGUAGACCUAUUGAUGCAGAGGGAAGACUUCGAUCCAAAAAUCCUUUACUGGCUGGGCGCCAGGCGGCAUCCAGGGCGGGAAGAGUGGCACUGGACGGACGGGUCUGACUUCAGAUUCAGAGACUGGAUCCCGGGUCGGAACGUGACAAGCCAUAACUCACAGCGGGCUCCGCGGGAGGAGUGCCUGGCUCUUCAGUACGGGCCCGGGGGGAACGACGGCGGCCAGGCGGGCCUGGAGGACCGGCUGUACUGGAACGGAAUCAGCUGCUCGAGCAAAGCUCGAUACGUCUGCAAGAAAGACGCUUCAGCACAAACAAAUCAGCGGAUACCACACGCAAGCAACGUCAUCAUAAGGGGGUUGAAUGGGACGAUUCGCAGCCCAAACUUUCCCCAUUUUUAUCCCAAGAACUCCAACUACACCGUAACCAUGACGGCACCCAGAGGAUACAGACUGGCUUUGCGCUUUACAAGUUUUUGUGUAGAAUAUCAAGAAAACUGCCUGUAUGACUACGUCGUUAUUCAAGAUGGCGACGAUGGGCCAACAACAAAGAAUUGCGGAAACUACACCUCUAACCUCCAGGAUCUUCAAAGAGUUUCCCUGGGCGAUACGCUCCGUAUUACACUGAUAUCUGACCACUCCAACUCAUGCAGUGGGUUUGAAGCGUCCUUCAAAGCUAUAAAUGUGGAACUGUGUAAGAACGAGACACACACGUCAUCUAAUGGUACCCUGGAAAGUUUAUCAUUCUGGGGAAGCUACUUCAACAACGUGGACUGCACGACAACGGUGACAGCUCCCGAGGGCUACCGGGUGUUCUUUGAAUUCACGUCGUUCCAUCUGCAGUACUCUCGGGAUUGUCGGCGGGAUUUUCUACAGAUGUUUCUGGACGGAGACGACAUUGCCGUGACACUGUGCGGAGAUAGGACUAGAGACCUGCAGCGUAUGAAGUACAUCACAUACGGGAGCCUGCUGAGGUUACGGUUCCAUUCGGACGGCCAGGGAAGCUAUCCUGGGUACAUAGCGGCGUACACUACAGUCCAAGAAGUGUCCGGGGCGGUGGAACUAGACGCGCGCCACGCAGGGACUAUGCAAUCUCCCAACUUCCCCUACCCCUACCCCAGCGGACUGGACUACCAUUACGUCCUCCACGCGCCGAAGGGCCACAAGGUCAUGCUGUCCUUCUCCACCUUCGACAUUCUGAAGUCCAACAACUGCACACAGGACCACGUGGUGCUGGUCGGGGUGGAGAGAGGAGGCGAGGUGGUGCUGUGUGGGGAGAUCACCGACAGAGGGACGUUACAGUACACGUCCAUCAGCCGUACCCUGGUGGUUCGGUUCGUUGCCGGGAAUGCCACCAAUGCUGGGACCGGAGCUGGGUUCAUCGCCGACUAUUUCAGCGUUCCAAAGAACAGGACGGUGGUAUCUAACACGGCCGUGUGUCCUGGCGCGCUCCCGGGGUACUACUGCACGUGUCAGCCGACUAGAACAGAGUGCAUCAAAAUAGAGGACACUGUCCGGGACACCACGCCGAUCCGUUCUACAGGAGGAGGGAGCGGGGGAGGGGUGUACAUAGCUGACUCCUUCUGGGCAGGCAUCUGUAUCAUCAUCCUCAUGCCGCUGACGGUCUGGGUGGUGGUGUGUGUACAGAAGAACCGCGCGGACUGUCGCAGGGACCCGGAAAAGGCGGCCAAGAGGUACAACAUUGGAGAAGACUCAGAGGCGGCUGACCCCAUCGCAACGACAGAAGCGUCUCUAGCCAAGAAGAAACUGAACAAGAAAUGCCCGGACAGACGGAAACAGGCGAAAGAUAAAGACAAAACGUCGUGCAGAUUAUUUUGCUGCAGACCAAGCGGCUGCUGUAAGCCCAGUGGGUGCUGUGCGUGCUGCUGCUGCCAGCGGCGGGACCUGGAGAGGGACGGCAGCAGCAUCAGGAAAAGUGUGGAGGAUGACGACACCACGGGGGAGGAGUCAGAGGAAGACUCACUGGAGAAGGUCAAAUUGAGAAAGAUAAGCAAAGACUACUUGACCGUGGACAGGUACUUCAGCGACGACCAGAUUAGGAAGUACAACGGCGGGCGUUACGAUCCCGCCGAGGACGCCAUGAGGAAUGGACUGAUAAAUGUGGACUACACGCCUUCAUACAUCCCACAGAGGAAGGACAGCAGGACAAUGGAAGAAGAAGAAAUGAGAAAAAUCAAAGUACAACUGGUAGAUGAGGAAGAAAACAAGGCUGGCAUUGCCGUACAAGUCACACAACUGUAAAAUGACAAAAUGAAAAAAACACAAUAUUGAUCUCAUACAAAUAAAUGGUUACAUAAUAUGUACAAUAUCUCACAAGAACAGUAAUAUUCCAUGAUACUACUUGUUGAUCAGUCAGGUCUGUUUGAAAGUGAUAACGUCCAAAACAACUCAGAUAAUAUGAUGAAACAGAUAAAUGUAGAAUGGAGUAAGAAAAUCCAAUGGCAUACACUAAUCUCCAAACAGAUCUUUUGGUGGCUGUAUCAAAUUGGCCAGGCAGUAUCCAAUAUGCAACCAGUGGUAGUAUCCAAUGGAUUGUCAACGCUACAUUAUGGAGCAUCGUUUGUGAUUGAAUAUACAUCCUGCUGUUUCAUGACAGUACCUAGAACUUUUAACCAAGGCGGUUAUAUACAAGGAGGUGAUAUAACUUAAAAGGUUAUAUAUGACACACAAAUGGCUAUACAUGUGUAGCAGGAUAUCAAACUGGAACACUAAUAUAUGUGUCCAUUCACAAUAUCUGAUGAAUAUUUCCUAUGGUGAACUAUGACAAGUUGAUAAUUUCAUCUACAAAGAUGUUAUGACCAAGCACAUGGCUUUCAUGAGUUUUAUAUGUAUAUAUCUCUGGGGUUGAAAAAAACAACAGGAACUUCUAAGACAUUACUGACAAUCUGCCUUGAGUCGGAAUGGAGCCAAGGACAUUUUACAUGGACUGAAAACUGAUUUUUGCUGAAAUAGUUCCUUUUGUACGUGUAAAAUAAUGUAAAAUAGGACGUCAUGAUAGUAGACUAGACAUGUACAAUAUCAAUAUCAUCGCUGGAGCACCUGUCCCAUCCAAUAAUAUGUACGUCUGCUUGUCUAGCAUUGCUUUUGUACCAACGCUGAAGUCUUGUAUUGUAGCGUAUGUUAAGUGCCAAGAUUAUGGACUGUUGUCCUCAAAUUCCAUGUAAAUUAAAGUCAGAACCUGUAACCUUUCUAUGGUUCAUUCAUUUUUCAUUUCCAGAUGCCUUCUGCCUGUUUAAGAUAUAACUUAAUUGAAAAUCCAUCCGAGAGAGCCUAUUGAAUUCAAACCAAGU